AUGAUUGACGAAGGGCAGAACGAUAAUCAAUUCUUGGGAUCUGCUAACACUUUGGAGAAGAAUCUUAUGAGGAAAUCUAUAGAUGCAUUUGCUAAGUCAAAUAAAAAUACCAGCCAGGAUAUCAAUGUGGAUCAUAUUGAUAAUUCAGCUGAUUUAGACCAAGUUAUGAAGAGUUCAAUUGAUGAUACACUGGCAAAAGAAAAUAUUUUUAUCAGUAAUGAGUAUGGUAUUAAGCUCCUCGCCUGUGAAAACUUCCAGUCUUUCCUAACUCUUCUCCAUGUUGGCAAUAGUAUCGUAAUUUAUGAGAUUACUUCUGAUAGUAAUAAUCAUGAAAUGGAUAGAGACAUAGUUCUACAGCUCUAUAUUUCAACUUUCAGCUGAAUACUCUUAAUCUGCAUGCUCUUCAUAAGGUAUUGGCUAGAAGUUAAAUGGCAUAAGGCGAAGAAUUUAUCAGCAAAUAUCUGGAUCCCAUUGGCAGUUGAACUUGCGAUCACUACUGUAGGACCACAGGUGUUUUUAAAAGACGUGACGUACUCCGAAUAUGUCUAUGAUUAUGACAUUUCGGUAACUUAUCCUGUAAAUAACUUGCUUUGCUGCUUUGUAUGGGUGAAAUUAUAUGUUCCGAUUAGAACAUUUUUGAUGACGAACAAGUAUACCACACCGAGAGCUCAGAGAGUGUGCUUUUUAAAUGGUUGAAAUGCUGAUUUAACCUUUUCUUUCAGGUCAAAAUUUAAGGAGAGUCCUAAUUCAAUUCUAGUGACCGCAUUUAUCCUCAGUAGUUUAGUAUGAGCAUAUAUGUUGAGGAUCUUUGAAAGACCUCUCUCAGAAGUUUCUGAGCAAGAUUUUAACCCUGUCUGGACAGCAAUUUGGUGUGUCUUCGUCACCAUGACAACAGUCGGAUAUGGAGACGUCUACCCUAAAAGUUAUGGAGGUAGACUCCUCGGAGUUUUCAUGUGUCUAUGGGGUGUUCUUCUAGUCUCCUUGUUCGUAGUCACAAUUUCUGAUAUUCUAGAAUUUGACCAGAGUGAGAAAAAUUCGUAUAUUCUCAUAAAAAGACUGGUCUACAAGGAAGAGCUUCGCAAAAGUGCUGCAAAGCUGAUUGUAUCUAAAAUAAUAAGACUAAGGCAAUCUAAAUUUGAAGUUAAAAAUACUACAGAUGUCAAGACAAACUUCCUGUUUAGAAGGCAUAUGCUGACCUUUAAAAGGAAGAAGCUAGAGAAGAGGCAAUUUGAAGAUAGCAACGAACUUAUCUUCCUCUUCAAAAAUGCUGAUGACAUUGGUGAGAUGUUGGAAGAAAUUGAAGCCAAACAAAAGAAAUUAAAGAGAAAUCAAAUCAAAAUCUUCGCUGCUAUCAAGUUAUUCACAGAUAUAGCUGAGCAUCUUGAGAAUGAAGAAAAGGAGGUUUAAGAAAUGUUUCGUUAUUAUAAAUAAUCAAGUUUUCA